AUGAAUGAUGAAACAAAUAAAAACAACUCAAAUAUAAAUAACAAUAAUAAUAAUAAUAAUAGUUCAGCAUUAGUAUUAGUUGAUAAUGUAAGAUAUGAUAAAGCUAUAAUUAGACCAUUACCAACCAAAGCAUACUAUGGAUUAGAGUAUCCAGCGAAUGUUCAAAAUGCAGAUAAAGCCAUAGAGUCAGUUGGUGGUUUAUCAAAAAUAUCAAAUGUAAUUAAAUCACGUGAAAAAGAAUACUUACAAUUAAAAUUUAGACCAAAUAAUCCAACUUGUAAACCAACAUUUGGUACAAAAUCUCCAACUUGUCAUUUACUAUUACGUGUCAGACCAAAUAAACAACAAACACAAACACAAACACAAACACAAACACAAGAUAAUAAUGAAGAAAUGAAUUCACCAAAACCAACAAUACAAUCACCAAAAACAACAUCAAGAAGUAAACAACAACAACAACAACAACAACCACAAGAAAAUGAAAAAUUCGAUGCAACAAUCAUUGCAUUAGUACCAAGUACAAUUAGGUUUGAUGGUUUAUGUGAUUUUCAAUAUCUUAUUAAAUCAGAUAAUAAUAAUACAAAAUCAGAAAGUGAUAAUGUGAAUGAUAGUUCAUCAUCAUCAUCAUCAAAAACAGUACCAAUAACUAAACAAAAGGAUCAAUAUUAUGUUCAACAAUAUAGUGAUAAUAAUGAAAUUAUGAAAGAUGAACCAAUGAAUUUAAUACCACCAUUAUUCUCAAGAAUUGAUUUCCCUCAAAAUUAUUUAUUCAAAGCUAAUCCAAAUGCUCAAUUCGAUAAAACAUCAAAACAAUUUGUUUUUGCAAAACAAACUACUCGUAAAGCUACUGGUCAUGCUAAAUUUAAUAAUGUAAUCCCAGUUGCACCACAAGAAUUACCAAAAGUAUUUGGAGUAAAUGAAUUAAUGAAAAAGACAAGGGAUAUAUUAGUUGCACUUUUUGAGAAAAGACCAAUUUGGUUAUAUAUAUCAUUAUUGGAUAAAGUUCAAAAAGAGGGUGGUUUAGUAGCUCAUACUAAAAGAGUAUUACCAUCAUUAGCAUUCAAUUUCGUCGAUGGACCUUGGAGAAAAUGUUGGGUUAAAUUAGGUUUCGAUCCAAGAAUUCAUCCUGAAACUUCUCAAUAUCAAACAAUUGAUUUUAGAAUUUCUGAACAAGAUAAUCAUUAUCCUUCAAAUCAACCUUCAAAAAAUAAUAAUAAUAAUAACAAUAAUAAAGACAGCAUUAAAAAUAAAGAAAAAGAUAAUAGUAACAAAGAAGAUAAAGAACAUAAGGAAGAUAAAGAAGAUAAACAAGAAGAAGAUAAAGAAAAUAAUGAAACAGACAACAAUGAAAAAAGUAAUAAAAUUGAUGAAGAAAGUCGAGAUAAUACUAAAAAUACUGAUGGUGGCGAAGAUAAGAAUAAUAAAAAUAUUGUAGAAAAAAAAAAUAAUAAUGAAAAAGGUGAUGAUAAUAAUAUUGAUGAUGGUGAUGAAAUUAUGAAAAAUAAAGAAGAUGAGAAUGGUGAAGGUAAUAAUAAUAAUAAUAAUAAUAAUAAUAAUAAAGAAGGUGUAAGUGAAGUUCAAAAAUUGGGUAGAGGUCAUAAAGAUGAAAAACUUAUAAUUCAAAAUGGUGUUAGUGGUGAAACUAAAAUUAAUCCAAGUAGAAAGAAACUUUUAGAUAUUAAUACAUUUGAAUUUAAUUCACAAUUACCAACAUCAUCAUCAUCAUUAUCAUCAUCAUCAACACAACCAUUACUACUUUUGAAGGGUGGCAGUGGUGAUGAUGCACAAGAUUUCUACCAAGCACCAGUGUAUGAUUAUACAUUUAAAACUGCACCUUCAAUGUUAAGUAAUCUCUAUCAAAUCAUUGAUAUUGAAGAACCAUCGAUUGCAGAGUAUUGGGCAUCUGUAAAGAUUCAAUCAACUUGUCAAAAAAAAUUUGGUUGGUUCUCAGAGUCUUCAUUUAGAGAAGGUCUAGAAAGAAUGAAAGCAAGAUUCGGUGUAAUGGAUAAUAAAAUGAGAUUUAAAUCAAGAUCAAAUACAUCCACCGCUACCACUACUUCUACUAAAUCAACUCAACCAAAAUCAACUCAACCAAAAGAACCUAAAUUAAAAUCAACACAACCAAAAGAGCCUAGACCUAAAGGAAGACCAAGGAAAUAUGCCAUUAAAAAAGAUAAAAAUAAUAAUAAUAAUGUCGAUAACAACAAUGAUGAUAGUAUUGAUAAAAUGGAUUUGGAUGAUGAAGAAACAACAACAAAGAGUAAUAAACAAAACAAAGAAAUUGAUGAAUCAUUAAAGAAUGAUACAUUAGCUCAAAUGGAAAAAGAUAAUGAAUAUUUACAUGGAAAGAAUGAAGAGAUUGAAAUUGAAAUUGAUGGUGGUGUCGUUGGUGGAUUCGAUUAUGAUGAUGAUGACGAUGAUGAGGAUAAACCUUUUGAAUUAUUAGAUGAUUUCGAUGGUACGGAUAAUAUUCAAAUGAAACAAAUUGAUGAUUUCUUUGGUACUCAAACAAAUGAAGAUAGUGAAGAAGAUGAAUCAGAUUUUGAUGAAGAGGAAGAAGAAGAAGAAGAAGAUUUUGAAUUUGAAGAAAGUGAAUAA